UAGUAUUUGCCUAAUUGAAACAAACGGUGAUUAUUAGUUUCUAAUGAGUGAUAAUACAAACACGUGAUUCGAAAUGACCCACGCAAACCAUAUAAAUGCUGCGCGUUAAGACCGAAAAUAGUUCACUAGGCGGCAAGGUAGUGACAACAUGUACAAUCAAGUGUAUACAGUGCGUUUAAAAUGAGAAGUGAAUGAAGGAUUAGGAAAGAGACUCUCAGAGCGUUUAACAAUGUUUGUGUAAAUCGACUUAAAGCGUGCUUGAUACAAAUAAAUUUUAAAGCAUGGCCGAGAGUAUCGAAACAAAACACGAGAACUGGCUGAGAGUUGUAUGGGGACUCCUGUACGUCAGAGAAGGACUUCAGGGAUACGUAGACACAAAGGGAAAGGAACAGUACGAAACGUUCAUGAACAAUGUGAAUGGAAAGUGUAAUAACCAGACAUGUAAUCAAUGUCAGGUUAACAGUAAAUGUCAAAACGGCACGACUAAAGUGACAGAAAAAUCCAGAUUCAGGCCGGGCCAUUUCUGUGAUGAAAUGAACAAAAACAUACAAAACAAUCAUGUUCGAAUUAAACCAUUGUGGACGAAUACAGAUUCUACAAAAUGGCAGGAUCCACAUGAUGGCUACUGGGAGGUUGCCAAGUGUUAUCUUAGUACAUCCGGCUACUUGGACAAGACGGGGCCAAAUCAGGUGGAUGCUUCAGGACUCUUAAGCAUUUGUAUGAACAGCGCGUUUAUCAACCAACAUAUAGGAUAUAUUCAGCAUUUUGAAGAGGUGCGAGACAUAAGAAACAAGACCCUUCAUGAUGCCUGCUAUGAACUGGACGGACAAACAGCAGACAUCUGCCUGGACAAGAUGAUAACCGUACUGGAGGACCAACAAGAACUUAUAUAUGAUGCAUUUGCAAAGCAAGCCGCUAUCCAAAUAAGAAAGAUCAAAGCCAAGACUGAAAACCCACCGGCGAUCAUGACUGAACCUUUUCGUAAAUUGCUGCGUAUGAACCUUAAUGUCGAAAUGGCUCUAACUGAGAUCGAGAAGCUGAUGAACGAUAGGCUACGCAAGAAUCUUCAACAAUUGAUAGUUGACGAGGUCAAACGUGAAGUGAGGCACAGUUUGGGUGUAAGGGGUGACGAUAAAAGGGAGCAAGUGAAAACUUUAUGUCAACGGCUUGCCAAGUACUACCAGACAAAACUUAACAGCGCGCCAAUAUCGCCUUUGCUCUCGAACAAGGACGAGAGAUUGGACAAGUUUUACGUUCCUCCGAUGAUCGUCAAAGAGGACCCUAGAAAAGUUGGUGUAGCAGGAAAAAAAGAUUCUGGAACUCGCAUAACGUCAUAUAAACAAUUGUUCUGUAAAGAAACUUCGUUAAGGGAAAACGUGUUCAUUGUUGGUGAGGCCGGGAUGGGGAAAACUGCCUUUACCUCAGUAUGUGCAUUAAAAUGGGCCAACUAUUUCUCAUCAACGAAAACGUCGCCGCAAACGCAACAGGAGCGGUCAAAUUUGCGUAUGUUAAAAGAAAAGUUCAAUGGUCUUUUACAACAUUUUUAUUCCAAACCUGAGGAGGACGAUCGAUGGGCAAAUCAUAUCUCAUCAACGAAAUCGUCACAGCAAACGCUACUUGAGCGUUUCGUGUCGAAAUGGCGUCAUUUAAAAGAAUUAUUCAAUGAUAUUUUACUACCUUCCUUUCCCGAAUAUGAGAAGGACGAUCUGCAAUUUCAAGAUGAAACUUUGAAUAAGGAAAUCGAUAUUUUAUUUCAUCUCACUCUGAGAGAUAGUUGUGACCUCUGUGACCUGACAGAUAUGAUACGAGAUCAGCUUAUCGACAGAAUAUACCAACACGAUGAGAGAGCCUCUGCGUACUUAACUUUGGAAAGUGCCUUAUUGAAUAAGAGAUGCGUUAUCAUAGCAGAUGGCUUGGAUGAGUGGACUCAUCCAAAUGGAACCUGCAGCUGUAAAGCAGAAGACAGAGUCAUCCCGAGUUUAGCGGCAUCCAUAGAUGCAACUGUGUUGAUUACAUCUCGACCAUGGAGAAUGUCACAACAGCGCGUUAAAGACACGAAUAUCCACAAGUAUUGUGAGUUACAGGGAGCUGUAGAUAUAAACUUACUGAUUGAAAAUGUGUUGAACAGUCUUAAUGAAACAGUUACAGAAAAGAAAACUUUAGAAGAAUUCCUCAGGUUUGUUGACAUAAUGAACCUCAAAUGUCUUUCAUCGGUACCUAUUGUAAAAAUGCUGCUUGUCUGUUUGUGGUUUGAUGGAAUAACAGACUCGAGUUCUCUGUGUGACAUAUAUGCAUAUAUGAUUGAAAUGAUGUUUAGUAGAAAAGAUCGGCAUGUGCCAGUAGUUACGCAGACUGACAUUCAGUUACCGCGAUGUUUCAAGGAUAAAAAUUGUGUACAGAACAACUUCAACAUAGUCCAGACGAUGGCUGAACUUGCUUUUACGAAACUAUUUUCGAAUGACCGAACUUCAUUCCUGGUUUUUAAGGAUGUUGACAUUUUAGCGCAGGAUAAUCUUGUUUUUCUUUUGAAAUCGGGAAUCUUGCAAGAAACUAAAUCAGCUUCUUUAAUUAGAAGGGAAUCGAGUUACUCGUUCAUUUACAAGACUGUUCAAGAGUUCCUUGCUGCAGUACACAUGCAUUAUAAUCCAGAUGAUUUUUAUAGAAUAUUGACACCCUUUUAUGAAGAGAACGGUGAAACGUAUGAUAUUUUAGAAGUGUUUAUUUUCUUGUGCGGUCUGAACAUUAAGUUAGCAAAUGAGUUGUCUGCCAUGAUAUCGAACAGUCUAUGCCUAGACAACCAAUCUUUCAUCACUGAAGCAAGAGUCAUUCAAAUACAGUAUUUCAUUGUUAAAGGUUAUAAGGAGGCCAAAGCUAAUCAAGUAUUGGGUAUAAAGCUUUCACAGUUUAGCUUUGAUUUUAGUUAUACUACCGAUACUGAAAUAUUAGAUGACUUGCUUUCGAUAAACAAGUCGAAUGUACGUUAUAUCAAGACCAGUACAGAUAAUUGCCCGGCGAAACUACAGGAGGUGUUUUGCAGCUCCUCGGAAACUUUAACCAAUAUUAAGAUAUUUUCCACUGCUGGACAGUUUGACCUCUUGGCAUGCAACCGCCUCAAAUGCUUAUCAAUAUAUGGAACGAAAACAACUGAUAUUGUGGUCAAUACAAGUAGAUUAAUUGCAUUGGAUCUAAAUUGUGUUUCAGAACUUGUAGAAUACAGUAUUUUGCUCUCAUUCGACGGUGGAUUGAACGAAUUGGAACACUUAAAGAUAAAGAGCAUGACAGACAUUAGUUUACUCCGUCUCAUUCUUCCACAGCUGAUUCAUUUACAAUACAUUGCCAUAGACACCGGAGACCUCGGUGAUGACGCUUUGCUCCUCCCUCAUUCUAUGAAAAGAGUUGAACUAUCAAAGGUAAAAAUGAGUGCACGGUCGUUAAAACAGAUGAUUAGGUGGCUGGAAGAAAGAACGGAAAAGAAUGACGUUGUGACGUGUAAAUUACUGAAAUGUACUGUGGAACCAAACUCAGAGUAUGAGGCGAUUAUAUCCGAUGUUGAAAGAAGGGCAGAUUAUUGUUUAGAUAUCGGGCACAAAUAUUUCUCUCUUACUUGCCAAAGCUAAAGUAAUGCUUCCGAGGAGACAGGAGACAGAAUGUACUGGUAUCCGGAUAUUAAUUAAUAAAUUCUAAUCAAAAAUGGACAAAAUAUAUCGUUGGCAUGUUUCAUUUUAAUAUGAAAUAGUAUUAAUGAACGUGGCCUGAUCAUUUAUCUUGUUACAUGUCAAGUAUGGUAGUUAUGUUUGUUUUAAUAUUUCCAUCCUAUAUUGCAAUACAUUUGGAAGUUAUAAAUUGUAAAAUAAUGUUCACUAUCUUGCAUUUAUAUCUUGAAUACAAGAGAAAUAAUCA